AUGGGAGGCAACAUUGAGACUGCCAGAGAAUGGUACCAAGAACCUCUUGAGAUACUACUGCAGGAGCACGAAGCUUCGGGGCAAUUGGCCAGGCCGGAGAGCCGCGUUUGUCGGUGGGAAGGCGGUCUGGAAUCCUUCCACUUGGGAUCUAAUCAUCGUUUGGACCUGAACAGUAUUAGUUUACCGCCGGCAACGGGAAGAGCAAGACGGGAAGCUCGCCAUGCUAACUGGGAUCAUCGAUCAGCCCGCAUACGGUUACGGUCACGUGACGACAGGGGGGCCUAUGAGCAGGCGCCCUGGGUCAGCCCAUCACAACAUCCUCGCCCGUUUUGGGGCUGGCGUGGCUGUCGGAAACAGUCGUGGCUUGGCCCUAAGGAAGAAGGAGGCACAGAACCAGGUUCACCUCCCGACCUGUCUGUGCUCGCUCGGGCUGCCCUGCCACCCUCCGAUCCAAGGGGAGAGAUCUGGGCUUUCAGCGCCACGAACUUGCACCAGAAUCUCUCUUCUGUCCAACCCCCAUCUCAGUUCUGGAUUAAUUCGGUUCGGGUCGGUUCGAGUCGCGCAUCUGACCCCCUGCACAUGGGAACAUCGUGUGAUAAAGAGCCUGGGAAUCCAGGUGUGACAGCCUGUACGAGGGCUCUGGGUGGUACACUUAACACUCCCCGUCCAGGCGUCCCGUCGCGUGACGUUGGGAUGGGAGCCGUCAAGGUGGCAAAACCGAAGCAGAUGCACACAGGCCACACAACCCUCGAGAUCCCCGCUCGCAGAACUAAACGAUCAGAUUCCCCUACAUACCCCUUCGGUCUUUAG